CGCUGGUGACGCAGUCAGUGGAGAGACGUGGAGUGCUGGCGAGCGGCGGCCGCGCCAGGCCUGCCCGUGAUUUUCUGUUCGACAGCGGCUGGACGCAGUGCUGAGUGACAGAGGGGCGUGGGACGAACUCUUUUGUCGCGCAGUGGAAGGCCGACGGGGAGCGCCCGAACUGGACCAAAGAUGGCGCACCGUCGCGGGCCUCCGGCGAACGAAUCUACGCCGAUCUGUCGGUGUCGCGUGCUCUACCUGGGCUCCUCCGUGCCGCACAUUACCAAGGACGGCCUGCAGGGCAUCCAGGAGCCGCUGAGAGAGCUCUAUCCCAGUGAGGGCAUCUCGGGAGCCAAAGGCAUCGACUCGUGGCUCAGCGUCUGGAGUAACGGCCUCCUCCUGGAGAAUGUCGACGAGAAACAGAAGAAAAUCACCCGCUUCUUCCCGAUCGAGGUGCUGCACUACUGCGCCGCUGUGCGCUACGUCAUGGUUCCGGCCAGCUCCGGCGGCGACCAGGAGCGGGUGGCGCGCUUUUUGCCUCUCGACUCUCCGUUCGCCCGCAGUCCGAGCAUCGCGCACCCGCCGCUGUUCGCCGCCAUCCUGCGGCGCACCACCGGCAUCAAGGUGCUCGAGUGCCACGCGUUCAUCUGCAAGCGCGAGACGCCGGCCAACGCGCUGGUGCGCUGCUGUUUCCACGCGUACGCCGACUCGAUGCAGGCUCGCCAGAUGGACGGCGGCGUGUACAGUUCGAUCUACGGGCCGGCGUCGAGCAGCGCGCGGCCCGGCCGACUGCCGGCCGACCAGUCCGUGGCUGAGGCGCAGAUCGACGUCAUCGAAAAGGUGGAGGAGUGGCAGGUGGACCAGUCGGUGCCAUCCACCUCUAACGGCGGUGACGCCGCGGCCGGAGACGAGCUCUCAGUCUACAAUGGCGACAAGAACCACAAAGUGUGGGCCGGCCCGGCGCGCAGUGAGCGCGAGGUGAUUUACAACGAGUACGAGCUGGCCGGCCGCGGCGCCUCCAUUUACGGCUCGACCGGCUCGCGCGCCGCCCGUCCGCGACAGAUGGUGAUGCCCGCGGCGCCGCCGCCGCCGCCGCCCACGCCGCCGCCAGAGACAGAAGUCAAGAAAAAGGCCAGGAAGCAGAAGACGCGGGGAGAGCGUGGCUCGGCCGGCUCUCCGUCCCGUGCCGCCAUGAUGAAUGGUCAGGGACCGAGCGGCCACACCAUGGGCGGCCCUGUGACGAACGGGCACGGCCCUCCGCUAAACGGUCACGGCCCGCCUCUGAAUGGGCACGGCCUUCCGCUGAACGGGCACGGCCCUCCGCUGAAUGGGCACGGGCCGCCGGUGAACGGUCACCGGUCGCCGCAGAGGGUGGCCUCUCGCCAGGAGCGGCGGCCGGCCGGCGCGGCCGUGUCCCCGCGGCAGAGGGUGGCGCGCGCGCGGCCGCCGCCGGCCCACCUGUACCGGCCCCCGACACUGGUGUACGGGCCGGCGCCGCCGCCGCCGCCACCGCCGCCGCACAUGGCGCCGCUGGUGGCCACCCCUUACGGACCGGCCGUGAUGACACUGCCGUACCGACCGCGGCGCUCGGCCUCGCGCGCCGCCGAGGAGCCCGUCUACCUGCCGUCGGCGCGGCCGCUCAGUCCGACGGCCUCCUACCAGCCGGCCCACUUCCCGCACGAGGCCUACCUGAUGCAGCAGCAGUACGCCACUGUCGACCGGCGGCGCAAGACGCGCAAAAAGUCCCGCAAAGAGGAGGAAUCCCCGCCCAACACGGGCAUCUACAAGCGGCGCAACCACCUGAACGAGAAGGCGUUCGGCUUCUCCAUCCAGCAGGAGCACCGGUCGCGCUCGUACGGCUCGCUUGCCAACGCUGACGGCGCCGAGGGCCGGCCGCACUCGCGGGAGGAGCUGCGCAAGAGCCGCGAGAUGCAGCAGAUGCUGCACGAGCUGGACCUGAGCGCCGACGAGCUGGAGCGCUCCGAGGUGCGGCCGGGCCUGUACCGCGGCCCCGACUCCGUCUCGCAGCUCAGCCACCACUCGCACCACUCUGGCUUCAGGAGGUUGUGAAGGUUCCACGGGCCGGCGAGAGGCUGAGCGACGUCGGGUCAAGAAGCCGCCGCCGGCCGACGCACCGUUAGCCGAGCGACCGGCCGAGCGACGGGCAGUCCGGCCGACUGGCCGCGGCCGAGCGACCGGCCGAGCGACGGGCCGUCCCGCCGUCCGGCUGGCCGAGCGACCGGCGCGCCGCCGCCGCCCAGCCAGGGUCCUACAUUGAGAACGGGUGCGUGGCGUGUGUGUAUGUGUGUGAGAGAGCGGCUCGGCGCGGCGCGGACCGGUCAGCGCCGGCCCGCCCGCCCGCGGCCGCCGGGCCGGCUGACCCGGAUCGCGCUGACCCGGAUUGGACCGGCGCGCCGCCGGCCGCCGAGCCAAGCGACAUUUUUAACGGUGCUGCCGGCUGGGGCUCUGCCGGCCCGCUGCCGCCGCCGGCGCGCUCUGUACGUGCUCAAACUCGGCGCCGUGUCGCCGUGUCGCCUAUGUAGUUAUACGCUAUGGAGAGUUGUCGAACGAAGGACCUAUGUGCGUGUCAAAAGGUGAAGAGGUGUGGCCAGAGGAAGGGAGCUCCGGAGCUCUCCUGUGGGGGUGACCCCGACACUGCGAACGGUGGAGUGAGGCGCCGCUCUGCCGACUGUGCUGUGGAAUAUGGAUGCCUGAAAUGUUAUAUAUCGAUAGCUGCAAUGUAAAUUUAUGUACUACUGUUCUGUGAACCGUGAACGGCUCAGCUUCUCAGCUCUAGCUGCAGGUUAAUCGAAAUGGACACCGAACAGUCAGCUAUAUUAUGACGCAUCAGCUAAGUGACGUGAAUAAUAUACUGAUGUUUUCUUUC